UAAAAGUUGAAAAGAAUACACAUUUUUCGUCAACACACAACUCGACGUUGGCCGUAGGCGUCACGGGGUAGAGCGCGCAACAUAGGCGCUCUCCGCAGCCACAACAAUUUGGACCUAACUCAAGUCACUAUUCACAGCCAAACAUCAUUUACAGUGGCGCUUUCACUACGAACGGAACAAAAAAAAAUUCGGCAGGCAGUGACAUUGCGAAUUUACGAAUUCACUUCCGUUUCUGGCUACUUCUGAGCGUGAGCAUUGCGUUAAAUAUUUGAGAACUAUUUUGAAACUGCUAUGAAAACGUGUGCGUCAUGGUCACGUGGUUGCAUUUGUUGUUGGUAUUAGUAAUCAUACGCGACUCAUGGCAAAUCUGUGAUCGCAGACCGCAAGGUGCCACCGGUGAACGCUCUGCGGUCGAUGAGAACUUUCAAGUGUUGAUCCAAGGCAAUCCAAAGACCUUCAUACCAGGACAGACUUAUAAUAUUAGCUUAUCUGUUGACGUCGCGCUCAAGUUUCUCAGCUUCACGCUGGUUGUGGAGAGUGAAGAUGAUAAUAUACGCCCUACGCCCGACACGGUCGGCUACUUUGAGAUCAUCGACAAGGCCGAGACACGUUUCAGUACGCUAUGCGAGAAUAUGAUCGAAAGCACAAAUGCGAAUACAAAAGUACGUGUCAGCGUUGGUUGGGUGGCGCCAAACGGCGGUUGUGUGCUCAUCAAAGCGGCGGUGCUGCAACAUCGCAGUGUGUGGUAUAUGGACGACGGUUUCCUUACGAAACGCAUUUGUGCGGAAGAGAUUGACGAAGUGAACAGUCAAACGCCGGCAUUGGAUGUGUGUUGCGCAUGUGAUGAGGCAAAAUACGAGCUGAUUGUGGAGCGUAAAUGGGGUCGCAAUACACAUCCACAUGAUUUCCCGGCAGAAUCUUGGCGUACACGCUUCAGUGAGCUCAUUGGUGCAUCGCAUACGCCAGAUUACCGUUUCUGGCAAUAUGGUGAGCUCGCCAGUCGUGGUCUACAAGAGAUGGCGGAACAUGGCGCCACACGACUGCUGGAAAUGGAAAUCAAGGUACGCUUCGUAAUCACAGUUCAUAAGUAAGAUGAGUGAACAAUUAUUUUGCAGUCCGGUGAUGUACGCACGAUCAUCAAGGCGCCGGGCAUUAUAUAUCGCCAAAAUACUGUCAGCACUACGCUAGCUAAUGUGCGCGUCGAUCGACAACAUCAUGUCAUCUCGUUGGUGUCGAAAAUUGAACCUUCGCCGGAUUGGAUUUUAGGCGUUGCCGGUUUGGAGUUGUGUUUGGAGAAUUGCACUUGGGUUAAUGAGAAAGUGUUAAAUUUAUACCCGUGGGAUAUUGGCACCGAUGCUGGUCCAUCUUAUAUGUCGCCAGAUCAGCCGCAAAAACCGCCAGACGUGGUGCGUCGCAUAACUUCCACCUCGCCGAAUGAUCAGCGCUCGCCAUUUUAUGAGGAGUCUGGCAAGCCAAUGAAAGCGCUGGCUACUUUGUAUGUACGCCGCAAGAAGUUAUACGAACGUGAAUGUGAUUCGGGUAUAGUAAUGCCAUUAGAAUGUGCAACACACCCAUGGAGCGCUUGGAGUGAGUGUACAACACGUUGCGGUCGCGGUAAACAAUACCGUACGCGCGCAUAUAAAGAUCCCGACUUGGCGGCAAGCUUCAGUUGUCAAGCAGAGAUGGAACAAGAACAAAACUGUAUUGGCGAACAAUGCCGUGCAGCCGACGUAGAGCCUGAUGACGGUGAAGCAGCCGGUUGCGAAUUGACGCCUUGGACGGCAUGGAGCGUAUGUUCAAGGCGGUGUGGAAGUGGGUACAUGACACGUAGCCGUGAGUAUGUCAAUCCAUAUGAGCGCGAACAAUGUCUGAACGACAAUCCUGUGGAACUAGAGCAACGACGAGAUUGUGAAGGGCGCGACUGCGGUGCGCGGCGUACACAACAAGAUCGUGAUGAAGAACGCAAUGAAAAUGACAGUGAUAACGUAGCUGUGGAGGAUGUUGAGCGGGGUGAAGAGAAUGAUGAUAACAAAGAAGAAGAGGAAGAAGAAAAUGUUGAAGGCGACAUUAAUCGACUGCCACAGCCAGAAAUGUUUGGACGUCGUCGUCCGGAGUUGUCAAACAGGCGCACAAAUUCAUACUAUAACGGACGUCAAACUGAUUGGGGUGACAACGACGAUUCCGAUCGGGCAGCUGAGGGUGAAGAAGUUGAUAAUAUGCAAUUUGAGAGUAAAUUCGAGCAGGAAGGUGAAGAUCGUCCAUACGGCAAUCGUGGUGGCUUCGUGCGUGGUCGUGAACGUAAUCGUUAUAGCGGUAGUGCAACCGGUUAUAAUUCAUACGAUCGCAACAACGUGGACGACGAGGACAACAACUCUAAUUUACGUGAAGUUUACGAUGAGGAUGGACAUAAAGCUUUACUUGUGGGCGCCAGUGAUCCAAACAAUUACGAUGUCCUACAACGUUUUUGUUUUGAAAAACCCUCUGCAAGAAUGACGCGCUGUGACCGCCUUAAUUUAGGUUUUCGUAAUUACUGGUUUUACGAUGCGGACGAACGCCAAUGUCAAAUUUUUACCGCCGAUGGUUGUGAUGAAAAUAAAAAUAAGUUCAGAACGUUGGCGGCAUGUGAAGGUACUUGUCUCUUGCCGCACAGUCUCUAUCUAAGUCAGCCGGGUAGGGAUGAGGAUGAUGACAAUGGCUGGAGUCGGCAAUUUGGUGAGUCGGAAUCGUUAGUGAAGAAACCGAAAAAGAAGAGCGGACGUAAAAAUCGUAAACAAACAACAGUUUUAGUGAGAAUGCUGUGGCUUCAAGCCAUUUACGUACUGCUACUUAUAGCCGUCAGGCAGUCGAUGGCCAUAAUAUGUAGCCGUUAUCCGACGAAUACAAAUACGAACAAAUCGCCGGUGGAUGAGAAUUUUCUAGUCACAAUUAGUGGCAAUCCGCAAACCUAUAUUUUGGGACAAACCUAUAACGUCACAAUCCAAGCCUACAGUGGUCUGCGCUUUAUUAGCUUCAAACUUGCGCUAGAGAGUCAAGAUGGCAACCCAGGUUAUACACAAGAUCUUGGACACUUUGAACUGAUAGAUCCGGUGGAGACACGCUACAGUCCCAAUUGCAUAAAUAUGGUGGAGAGUACAAAUACGAAUCCGAAGACGCGCAUCGAUGUUAUGUGGGUGGCGCCAGAUAAGCCAGGCAGCGGUUGUAUACUCAUACGCACCACCCUGUUGCAACAUCGUGAUGUUUGGUACAUGGACGAUGGUGGCCUAACGCGCGCCAUUUGUGAAGAAAGCACCGACGAAGUGGAGAGUGCGCCGCUGAGUGAGAAUCAAAAUAAAUGUUGCGCUUGCGAUGAGGCACGCUAUGAGCUCACUUUCAAAGGCACUUGGUCGCGCAAUCAUCAUCCGAAAGACUUUCCUACAAAAGGUUGGAUAACACGUUUCAGCGACAUUAUAGGCUCAUCGCAUGCGGAGGACUAUCGCUUCUGGGAAUAUGGGCAACUGGCCAGUCAAGGUAUGAAAGAGUUUGCGGAGCAUGGUGCGGCGCAAACAUUGGAGCGCGAAUUCAGUUAUAACUUUAAGAAAGGCAAAAUACGCACCAUUAUUAAGGCGCGUGGUCCGGCUUUUCCCAACUUGAACGGGCAAUCUGUGGCUUCCAUACGUGCAGAUCCGCAACACCAUCUGCUGUCAUUAGCUUCCAAAAUAGAUCCAUCACCCGAUUGGAUUGUCGGUGUCUCUGGCUUAGAGCUCUGCAUGAGCAACUGUACGUGGCUUGAACAGAAAACUGUAACAUUAUAUCCGUGGGAUGUCGGCACCGAUGCGGGGCCUUCUUAUACGUCGCCAGAUCAGCCACAAAUUCCGGCCGCGGUUAUACAACGUAUGCGCUCCGAUUUGCCAAAUGAUCCGCGUUCGCCAUUUUUCGACGAAAAUGGCGGAAAAAUGAAACCUUUAGCAAUAUUAGAGAUUAAACGUCAACGACUUUAUGAACGUUUGUGUGAGGAUGAGGACUCCAACAAUGUCGACGUGCCACGCGAAUGUUUCACACACCCUUGGACUGCAUGGACCGAGUGCACAUCUAAAUGUGGUGAGGGUCGGCAAUUUCGUACGCGCGUUUAUAAACAACCGGACUUGGCCAAAAUUUUCAAGUGUGAGGUGGAGAUACGACAAGAUCGGCCAUGUAUGGGAGAAGAAUGUGGCCGUGCCGAAAGACGAUUAAAUCGAAUGCGAGAACGCGAUAGGUAUGGCGAAUAUGACUUUGAAAGAGUAGAGAAAGAAGAGGAGUUGGAUGAAGGCAACGAUGAAGCAAAAGGCGAAGCGGAAGAGGAGGAAACUGAAGGUGACACUGAAGCUGAGGCAGAGAACGAGGAUGACCAGGAAGAUGAGAAAACAGCUGAAAAUGAAAAUGAAGUGGAGGAAGCACAAGAAAAGCCAGCAAGACCAGGAUUUAGUAACAGACCACAAAGUCGUGGGCGUAAUCGUUACGGCUACAUGAAACCCAUCAAUGCAGAGGAACAAGAAAGUGAAAAUAAAGACGAGAAUGAGGAGGGCGAAGAAGCGCAAGAAGAAGAGGACGAAACAGAAGGCGAGAAAGAUGCAGAUGAAGAAGAUGAAGAUGAAGAUGCUAAUAAGCAAACGAAUACUUAUGUCAAUCGUUAUGGUUACCGCUAUAAUGUAGGAGCACGCCGUAAAGGUGCUUCUAAUGAAUUUCGUACAGUUGACGAAGUGGAACCUAAUGAAGAUGAAAAUACUGACGACCGAACGCCAACUCGAUUUGGUAACAACAAUCGCUACAGUGGCGGUGGUAACCGACGAAAUCAGGAAAUAGAUGAAGAGGAUGAUGAAUAUGAAGACGAAGACGAGGAGGAGCAGAAGCAAGUGGUAGAAGAUUAUUUUGGCAGACCGAAAGGGCGUGUUAGCAACCGCCGUCCUAAUGUACGCGGAAAUCCGGUUAAUGAUGAGGAGCCCGACAAUAAGCAGGCUAAAAUACCAUAUUAUUGCCUUCAAUCAAUCAAGGUGCAUUAUUGUGAACAAAAAGUAGCCUUGAAAAACUAUUGGUUCUACAGUUAUUGCGAAGACAUGUGCAUGCUCUUUACCGCGGAUAAGUGUGAUAGGAAUAGAAAUAAAUUCACCACCUUAGAAGCGUGUGAGGAGACGUGUCGGCCGCCGGGAAGUCAAUUCUUAUUGCGUCGCAAGCAAAAACAGAGCUGUGUCAAGCCAAACGCGUUGAAACAAAAUUCUAGAUAUUUAGGUAUUACUUAAGACAUGAUUGUUUCAAUUUGUUGUAGAUGUAAGAAUUUUUGUUUUUGAUACAUUAGCUAAUUUUCAAAUUGAUUAUUUUUCUAAUAUUUAUAUUUCGUUAAUAUUUAACAAAAUUAACGGCAG